AUGCUUCUCAUUCUUCUCCCAGUCAUCUCAUCUAUUCUGUUUCUUCCAAUUCUUUUUUGCUUUUUCUUUUACUAUUUCCCACUCUUUUUCUUCAUGUCCAUGAUGUUUUUUUUCUUUCCACGUCUACAGACCGACCGAUAG